CAGAGCCCGGGCGGCGGCCCGGCAGCGCUCCCGGCCGGCCCGGGCGAGCCCAUGGUGCCGAGCACAGCGACCUGCAGCCGCCGCCGCCGCGCCUGCCUGCCCGGUGCGGAGCUCAGCCCGGCGCGGAGCAGAGGAGGGGCCCAUUAGCAGCCGCGGAGGAGGCGGAGGGGAUGCCGGAGAGACACAAAGCCGGCGGGGGAAGCAGCCCACGGCUCAUCCCGGGAUGGGGGCGCCGCGCCGGGUCCGCCUGAUGGUGCUGCCGCGGGUGCUCUGGGGCUCCGUCCCCUUCAUCCUCCUGCUGCUGCCCGCGGCCGAGCCCAUCUGCCCCGAGCCAUGCGACUGCCAGCAGCACCAGCACCUCCUCUGCACCAACCGGGGCCUACGCUCCGUGCCCAAGACUGCCGAGCCGCAGGAUAUCCUCACCUACAGCCUCGGGGGCAACUUCAUCGCCAACAUCUCCGCCUUCGACUUCCACCGCCUGGCAGGGCUCCAGCGGCUGGACCUGCAGUACAACCGGAUCCGCUCCCUGCACCCCAAGGCCUUUGAGCGCCUGGAGCGGCUGGAGGAGCUUUACUUGGGCAACAACCUGCUGCCAGCGCUGGCCCCUGGCACGCUCAGCACCCUGGCCAAGCUGCGCAUCCUCUACGUGAACGCCAACGAGAUCGGCCGUCUCAGCGCUGCCUCCUUCUCUGGCCUCGACAGCCUUGUCAAACUGCGACUGGAUGGCAAUGAGCUGGGCUCGCUGGGCGAUUCCACUUUCUCAGGGCUGCCAAACUUACUCUAUCUGCACCUGGAGUCCAACCGCAUCCGCUGGCUGAGUCGGGGUGCCUUCACUGGCCUGGCCAAGUUGCGCUUCCUCGACCUCUCAGGGAACCAGCAGAGCUCUCUUCGCCAUCCAGACAUCUUUGGGCCGCUGCGCUCCCUCCACACCCUGCUGCUGGCCAGCAACAGCCUGCGGCAGCUGACAGGGGGGCUCUUCCAGCACCUGCCCGGCUUGGCAAAGCUCUCACUCAGCGGCAACCGACUGUCUCACCUGGCCCCGGAUGCUUUCAGGGGGCUGGGCUCGCUGAAGGAGCUGCGCCUGGAGGGGAACCUGCUGAGCCACCUACCUCCAACCCUACUGGAGCCGCUGGACAGCCUGGAGGCACUGGAUCUGAGCCGCAACGCACUGACCGCCCUGCACCCGGCCGCCUUCGGCCGCCUCGGCCGCUUGCGGGAGCUCAGCCUGCGGGACAACGCACUGGCCACGCUCCCCGGCGAGCUCUUCGCCUCCACCCUGGCCCUCUACCGCCUGGAGCUGGAGGGGAAUGCCUGGAGCUGCGACUGCCGCCUUCGCGGCCUCAAGCGCUGGCUGGCGGCCUGGCACUCCCAGGGCCGCCUGCUCACCGUCUUCGUGCAGUGCCACCUGCCACCCGCCCUGGCCGGCAAGUACCUCGACUACCUGCAGGAUGGCCAGCUGGCCCUGCCGCAGGACGGCGGCCCCUGCCCCGAUGGUGCCUCUCCCUCCCCGCCAUCCCCCGAGGGACUUGGUGGCAACAAUAGUGCAGCGGGGCUGCCCCCAGGGUCACCGCCGGCCGCCUCCACCGCCCGCCUGAUGAUGGGGGUGCCCAUGGCCGCCAGCCCCACGCCGGCACCGCUGCCCAGUGCGGCGGCGUGGCCCCGACGGGCCGGUGCCCCCGGGGUCCCGCCGCUGGUGUCCGACCCGUGCGACUUCAACAAGCUGUUCCUGCACAACCUGUCGGUGGAGGCGGUGGGCUCCAGCUGGGUGACGGUGCGCUGGGCCGUGCGGCCGCACCGCAGCCCCCGCCUGCUGGGGCCGGCGCGAUUCCGCCUCCUCUUCGACCGCUUCGGCGCCGCCGUCAAGUUCCAGCGCUUCGUGUACCUGCCGGAGCGCGGGGAGCCGGCGGCCACGCUGCGGGAGCUCCGCCCGGACACCCCGUACCUCGUCUGCGUCGAGGGCGUCCUGGGCGGCCGCGUGUGCCCGGUGGCGCCGCGGGACCACUGCGCCGGGCUGGUCACCCUGCCCGAGGGCGGCACCGCGGCGGCGGCGGGCGGGCCCCGCGGCCCCGACCAGCAGCUGCUCACGCUGGUGCUGCUGGCGGUGAACGCGCUGCUGCUGCUGGCGGCUCUGGCCGCCUGGGCCGCCCGCCUGCUGCGCAAGAAGGUGCUGGGCCGUCGGCGUCGGAAGGCGGCCCCGGUCCACGUGCGGCAGCUCUACUCCACACGCCGCCCGCUCCGCUCCAUGGGCACCGGAGUCUCCGCCGACUUCUCGGGCUUCCAGUCCCACCGGCCGCCCCGCGGCGCCGCCGCCUGCGCCCUCAGCGAGGCCGACCUCAUCGAGUUCCCCUGCGAGCGCUUCAUGGACAGCGGCAGCGGCCGGCACGGCGACGAGCACCUGCUGCAGCGCUUCAGCGACUGAGCCCGGCCCGCCGCCGCGGCAGCCGCGGGGA